UCUAUGUAUAGUGCGUACGGUAGCAUCCGUGAAUAUUCACCAAGUCGGGCAGUCACUGAGUUUCAGAUCACCUAAUGAUUAGGGAGGCGGGUUGGUUGUUCAAACCCCCUAGAUUCAGUAGACAAGAGGUGGCACUCAGUACACUUGCUAUCCUGCUUAAGAUACCUUAGUUCCAAGUUCUCGUCCAUCUCUCCAUGUCGCAGAAGGAGCACGUUGUGCAUCACGGUGAGAAGAAGAAGUGCACGUGUUGGGAGCUGCAAGAGUUGCAGAGGCACUAGAGGAGUGGGAUUUCAAGUGGGGUGGGGACCCGAUUCGACUAGUUCGCAAUACAUGGGACGUAGACAUGUUUGUGGGAAUAACAAACAAGCAAUGGGACAGGGCAGAAGAUCACGAUACUCAACUCGAGCAGAUCAUUCACGGUUCAACACCGAGGCCGAGUCCAUUAUCCCACUCAUCAAUGUGAUGCCUGCUGGUGAUUUUGUUCCAAGGAGGACGAGGCAUUCUUAUUCUACUUGUCAUGCCUCGGUCACAUUAAGCCGUCGCGCAGAGAGCUUGCCAAGCGACCAAGACUCACCGUACGCACUGAUGGCCAGGACCUUACGAGCGCGACACAUGUCAUGCCAAGCGUUGUUGAGAGUGAGGUUGUAACACCGUCGCCUCUGUCCUCACAAGCAACAUACGACCUUCACGAUUCAGACAGAGACUCUUCUAGGGAAGUGGGUGCCAAUGGUGGCAGAUUCCAUCGCUUGUCUGAGCUGAACAUGGCUUUUCAUAUCUCAUACGCUGAGAAGGAAAUGUAUUCUUAUCAUGAAUU